AUGGACGCUCUCAAAGCUGAGAUUGCCGUAAAGCGCAAGGCACUGCGGGAGGAUCCCGUUCUCGCACAGCGGCCUACAAAGUAUAUGCGCCGAGGCGACAUUGAGCGCCUUAAGGAGGAACGUGAGCGUAAGGAACGCGAGGAGAAGGACGCAAAGGAGAGAGAAGAACGAGAGAAGAAAGGGCGGGAGCAUGAGGAACGGAGGCGAAAUGCUGCUGUAACAAAAGCUUCUUCCUCCGGCCCAUCGUCCGUGUCUCCUUCCCCAGAUAUUAUCAGAUCCAGUGCAUCUCCAGUUCCAGAGUCCUCUGCGACAUUCAACAUCUCGAACGAAGAGACCGUUCGCCGCCUUCGGGCGAAGGGCCAACCUAUCCGCCUAUUCGGCGAGUCUGACAAAGACAGGCGGCUCCGCUUGCGCGCCCUCGAGCUCAUUGAGGAGAAGGGGCACGAUCGGUACGGCGGCCAGAAUGACUUCAAGAAGGCUUUGGAGGACGUCGAGAAUGUGGAAAGGCAGCUGAAGGACAAGCGCGCACAGGAGGAGGGAAAGGACAAGGGAAAGAAGAAGGAGGGCUCUGCGGAUAUGCCGGAGAUUUUGGAUCUGGAGCUGGUCAAGACGGAUCCUGACAGGCUGUACCCCAUCAUCUACUAUGCAUUGAAACGGACGCUGAAGGAGUGGGAGGGGUGGAUGGACGAGCGGCCCGAAAACGUCAAGCGGACGGCACAGGGCAAGCUGGCAGCAGCCACGCAAAGACAGUCCGCCGAAUAUCUAAAGCCGCUUUUCAAGCUUCUCCGUUCACGAAACCUUCCGCCAGAUAUGUUAGCACGCGUUGCCGAGAUUGUGCACCACAUGCAGAAACGGCAGUACCAGAAAGCGAACGACUCUUACCUAAGGCUCUCCAUCGGCAAUGCGCCUUGGCCCAUCGGUGUGACCAUGGUGGGUAUUCAUGAACGUUCCGCUCGGGAGAAGAUUUCUGCAGAUCAAGUUGCACAUGUGCUCAACGACGAAGUCAGCCGGAAGUACAUUCAAAGUCUGAAACGGCUGUUGACAUUUUCGCAGACGAAAUACCCACCGGGCGACGUGACGCAGCUGAUGGGAUAA